AACUCGCUUCCUGGUGCAGUUCACUGCAACCAUUGAGUAAAUAACAGAAACCAAACUACGAGGCUAGUUUUGGUAAAUGUAGCUCUGUCUUUUCAUACAAAAUAGAAGCGAGCUUUAUAUAUCACUACACAAGAAAGAAGACAGCAUUAUGGUUAAAUGUGUUGUGUUUUACUGAGUCGGGAGAUGUUGUUUUCGUGUAUAAAAUCUUGCACUGUAUGACGAGAAAUUCCCAUUUCAUGAUGACCUUAACUCAAAAUACAACUGUUUCAUAUUACUUAUACGAUAAUUUUAAAGAAAAAUAUACAUUAUGGUGUAAUUGUUUUUCUAUGUUGCAAAAAGCAACAAACAGACCUUUUCCUAUAACGUUGAUGAUUGCAGUUAUAAUGUUAAUUUGAAAGAGAAUAAAAAAUACAUUUAGUAUGGUUAAGAUUUUGUAGGAGCUUUUGUUUCAUUAUAAUACAAUAGAGUUUUACUGUUCUGCGAUUUCUUGAUUUUACCCUCUGUUACACAUUUAUUGAUUAAAAAAGUAUAUUGUUACUGUUCUUAUUCUGUAAAUUUGUCACUUCUUAUUUUUGUAUUCUUUACCAUUGUGUGAAUGUGCAAGCUUCUACUUUUCUUUAACUUGCUGGUGGUAUACUUGAGUUUCCCCGCUAUGGGAUAAUAAAUUAUAUCUCUAUUCAUUUAUUGCCAUUUAUGUUAUAAUAUAUUAUAUUCAGUGGAGUUGUGCUGGGAGUAUAGAAAGCUGAAAAUGGCUGACAGCAGCUCUGCAGAUGUGGUGGUAAUUGUUUGCUACUGCAUGUUUAAAACUGGUUUAUGACACUUUUACUUGCACAUCAUCAGCAGCUGCUGAUUGUAACAGUGUUGUUGUGAUAGAACACAUGUAGUUUCGAAACGUAAUCAUCCCUGUAAAUCUCGAACAUGUCUAAAAACAGUGUUACAUUAAUUUAAAUAUCAGCAAAAUUGUUAUCUCCAGCAGUUGUUUAAAGAUAAAGUGGAAUUAAAGCUGCUAAACUGAAUAUAUUAAAGAUGUUCAUUAAUUGUGUUUAUCUUUUUUACUGUUAGUGACAGGUUUUUGUACAAUGUCUGCUGACAGUAACACAUUUGAAAGCGUAAAAGCUGCUGUCUUAUCAGCUCAUAAAAGCACCACAUCAGAAGAGAAGAUCAGCUUCUACAACCGGUGGGCAGAAAACUACGAACAGGAUGUGGCCGUUUUGGAUUACCGUGCACCAAGUCUGGCAGCAGAGUGCAUCUCGUCCCAUUUCAGCAGCGCGCGAGAAGCAGCCCUUGUGCUGGAUGUGGCGUGUGGUACCGGACUGGUGGCCAAACACGACAGAGACACUAUCAUUGUCAGUAGUAUGACUGACACAGAGAUAUUUGUUGAACAGAUGAAAAAACUCGGGUUUGAACAUUUUGUGGGUGUGGAUGGAAGCGAGGUGAUGCUGGGCAAGGCGAGACAGAGCGGCUUGUACCAGGACUUGAAGCAGUGCAUGCUGGGAAAGGAGCCUCUCCCGGUACAAGGGGGCAGAUUUGAUGUGGUUGUAAUUGUUGGAGCAUUAAGUGUUGGUAAUGCCCCUAUUAGUACCACCAGAGACUUGUGCAAUGCCACCAAACCAGGUGGCUUCAUUUGCAUGACAACCAGAAGUAACCAGGAGAACUCGGAGUACAAAGCUGCCCUUGACAGCGAGCUGAGGAAGAUGGAGGAAGAGGAGCUCUGGACUUGUUUAGAGGUCACCAAGGUCAAAGACUGGGAGAGGGCUGUAUCAGAGAAGGAGGACGGCUACAUAUCUGGAGUUGUAUACCUCUAUAAGAAACUGUAACACAAUCAUACCAGUAAAUGUGACAACACUUGUCCAAGUGGGAUAUUUUUUAAUUAAAAUGAACUCACCACAAAGUCAAAAAGAAGUAUUAAACUGAAUUAAAACCUAAUUGUUGCAUUAUU